AUGGAAAGGUCCCCCUCUCCGGGGGAGAAGGCGCGGAGGCGGCGGGAGGAGCGGGAGCGGGAUAGCCUUGAGCGGAGCGGAUCCGAGGGGGAGGGGGAUGGGCGGAGAGGGGGGGCGUUUGGGGGCGGAAGGGAAGGGGAGGAGGUGGGAACGCGGGGGGGAUGGGGGAGGGGGGGAGGGGGGUUGGAAGGCGACGCGUCUCGUGAUGCUGGGGGCGGGUAUUACGGUGGUAGUGGGGUGUAUGGCGGGUAUGGUGGGGCGUAUGGUGGUGGUGGUGCAGGGGGUGCGGCAGGAGGGGAUGUGGAUAUGGCAGCUGCUGAUGCAUCACUGGGUGGUUACGGUGAUGCCAGUGCUGCUGAUGCUGCUGCUGGUGGCGGUCCUUCUGUGCUGCCCCCUAUGCCGCCUCUGCCACCGCCUCCCCCGCCCCCCAUUGACCCCGAGGCGGAAAUGAGGAUGAUGCAGAUGAUGGGCAUUCCCAUGGACUUCAACACCACCAAGGGCAAGGAGGUGAAGGGAGCCAAUCAGCUGAGCGCUGUGAAGCUGUCCACUAAGAGGCAGCCACGUCAGUACAUGAACAGAAGAGGCCUUCUGCCACGCGCGCUGGCUGAGUGGACACUCCGCUUUCCCCAUAGCAACGUGGCGGUUCCCGCUUUUCCCCGCGCGCAGUUCCUUCCUGUCUGCGCAGUGGUUGACGACACCAAGCAGCACACUCUCGCCGCCGCGUCCACCCUCACACCCGCCCUCCGCGAGGAGCUGAAGCUCACGUCCGGCCCCACUGUGGAGGCAUCACGGCGUGUGGGGCAGGAGAUUGCUAAGAUCUGCUUGGAGAGGGGAAUCAGCAAGGUGGCCUUUGACCGCGGGGGUUUCGUGUACCACGGCCGCAUCCAGGCUCUUGCGGACGGUGCUCGUGAGGGAGGCCUUGAGUUUUAA